AUGGCGAUAGACGGUCUGAUCAUCCUCGACUUUGCUGGACGUCCCAUCAUCCAGUCCGGAUUCCGCUCAGCUGCGCCCGCCUAUCCGCUUCUCCACAUUGAUGCCCUCAAUAAUGCUCUGUCUACCGCGGCACGCCCAGACGAUGUGGACCCAGUCCUCUAUGUGCCUAGCUUGAACAUAGACAGUCCUAGUGCAUGCUGCCAUGCCAGAGUGGGGGACAUGAGGUUCGUAUGCCCAGUUAGCGGUGACAUCGAUCCAUUGUACGCCUUUGCUUUCCAGCAGACGUUUGUCGAUAUAUUACGUGAAUAUUUUGGCCAUAUAUCUGCGGAAACUUUGAAGGACAACUUUGACGUGGUCUAUCAGCUUCUUGAGGAGACACUGGACUCCGGAGGGCAUCCGCUUACAACAUCGCAGAAUGCCCUCCGAGACAUUGUUCUACCUCCUUCCCUUCUCAACAAGGUGCUUUCUGUUGCAGGGGUUUCCGGCCUCGCGGCUCCAUCGACCAAUCCACAACCUUUUGCUUCACCUAUACCUUGGAGAAAGGCUGGAGUACGUUAUAACAAUAACGAGAUCUAUUUCGACGUUGUAGAAACGUUGGACGCUAUUGUAAACAAAAAUGGCAUGCCAGUAGUAAGCAAUGUCUGGGGUCGGGUGGAGUCGAAUUGCAAGCUCUCAGGUACACCCGACCUGUUGCUAACGUUCAACAACUCGCAUUCGCUGACAGAUUGCUCCUUUCACCCAUGUGUUCGUCUGCAACGGUGGGCGCGAGAUAAGACGCUAUCCUUCGUCCCUCCAGAUGGCCGCUUCAAUUUAAUGGAAUACCGAUUCGCUCCUACUUCAGCGUCGUCGAUGCAUCAAGUAGCUGUCCCCCUAGCCCUUCGCUGUGUAAUGACGCUUGAAGAACACGGUGGCUCCUUCGACCUGACUUUAACUUCCCGACUCACCACACGCUCCAUGGAGAAUGUCACUGUUGAGUUAUAUUUAGGAGAGGGAGCAUCUGGAGCAAGCUGUGUAGCAUCACAUAAUGCGUCAUGGAGUUUCGAGAUGAAGACUUUGAGCCUACGGUGGGAGUUGAAGGAUGUCUCUCCGUCCGGUAGCUAUACGCUACGAGGCUCGUUUACGUCGACCGCUGUGAUACCACGGCUUUCGCGGGCAUUCCGAGUCCAUUUUGAAAUUAUGAAGCACAGUUUCUCGGCCUUAAAGAUUGACCAGUUGAAGCUCACAGGAGAGCUGUACAAGCCUUACAAGGGUAUGCGAGGGAAAUCCGCUGGAAAUCUUGAAUGGCGGUGGUGA